AUGCUUGAUACUGAGGAUCUAAAUAUUUCGGGUGAAGAAUUUAAUCUAUCUGAUAUAGAAUUAGAUAUUAAUGAAGAAAUUUCCAAAUCUACAAGCUCAAUUACAACAUCACUCCAAACAACUAGUAACAAAGCUAAUAAUAAGCUAUCACCUGUGUGGAAAUUUAUAUAUGAAAAAGUAAAGCCAGAUGAAACUACUAUUGUUCAUAAUUGUAAUAUUGGUUUAAAUCAAAGUCAUAAGCUUUUAACUACUAAGCCAUAUGGUAAAGGUGAAGCCCAACGCUUAGAAGAAUAUAACAUAUCUUUAUUAAAUUUUGUUAUUGAUAUUCAAGCUUCAUUUGCAAUAGUUGAAAGCCCUUGGUUUGCAAAAUGA